AUGACUCGAAUCAAACUAAUUAUCUUCCAAACUCGGCGGGAUGGAGAAGUUCUCACCUGGUACAGGUGUUUCCAUGCAGAACGUGUAACAAAGCAAGAAAAGACACGCUGUCAUUUAUGUGAACUUUCUUCACAGAAGCUUUGCGUCCCUGAAAUUGCCUCAAUAGGCUUAUAUGGCUGUGUGCAUUCUGAGGACUUGAAAGACUUUAAAAGUGAAGAACGGAGGAGGACUGAGUUUCCCUGGAGCGAGGACUUAGUGAGAUGCUGUUGAUAUGAAGCAGGUACGAAGAACGAACAGCAUGCAGGAGAUCUGAUUGCUGCACGGCAUGGAAACAUCUCACUACGCAUCUGUUAUUGUCUGUCAACAGAUGGGACUGAGGAGAGGGGUCAGACUCGCAGCACAGCAGGAGGAGCCCAUCAUGUGUUUUCUUGUCUCAAUGACUUGGCAGCCAAAUGCCUGAUGAACAAACGAUCAUCAGCCAAACGGAAGGCUCUGAUUGUGGAUUUGGACGUGCAUCAUGUGGAAUUUGAUUCCUUUAUAUUUAAAGAGGAGUCAUGUGUGUUUACAUUCUCAGUGCACUGUGGGAAAAAAAAUCCUCUCCUUAAGCAACAGAGUGACUGAGAUGUCAGUGUGAAGGAUGGGCUAAAAUAUGAGCGCCUCUCCACAGAUGUCAUACCUGUGAAUACCCACCUCCCCAAGCUUCAGGAGACUGUUCUCCCAGACUUGGUUUUAUAUGAUGCAGAUGUUGAUCCUCAUUGGGAAGAUGAACUUGGGAGACGCCAUCUGGAAGAUCAAUGUCUUUUUUUUUUCUUGCAUAUACAUUUUGCUAAAGCUGUUUUCACACACGUACAAGCAGCUCGGAUUGAACUUCAGCAAGUCGCCUUCGCCAUGUCCAAAUGA